ACUACACUCUCUCCACCACCAUUCGCUUCUUCCCGUUCGUACAGGGUGUAUCAAACAUACGAAGAAUUAUACUCCCCAGUAAGACAUUCAUAACGCAGCUUCAGUACAAUGGAGAACCGCUUCAUCCCCGAACAUCGUCGCAUGGGCUUUAAGGCAAAGAACGCCUUUAAGCCUGAAGAGCUGCGUAGACGCCGUGAGGAGCAACAAGUCGAGAUCAGAAAGGCAAAGAGAGAAGAAGGCCUCGCAAAACGUCGUGGUAUUACUACUCGUGAGGGUGAUGCCCCAGGCGCCUCACUAGGGGCUGCUCCCGACAGCGACGAAGAGGGCGGCAACAUUGAAAGUCAGCUUAAUGAGGAACUCCCUCAGAUGGUGAAGGGCGUUUUCUCUGAACAGAUCGAUGAACAAAUCCAAGCAACAACAAAGUUUCGAAAACUCCUCUCGAAGGAGCGCAACCCCCCAAUCGAGCGUGUCAUUGAGACCGGUGUAGUCAGCAGAUUUGUUGAAUUCUUGCGCUCACCCCACACUCUCGUACAAUUUGAGGCCGCAUGGGCUCUGACCAACAUCGCUUCUGGAUCAGCUCAACAAACACAGGUGGUUAUCGAAGCAGGUGCAGUGCCAAUAUUCGUAGAGUUGCUCAGCAGCCAUGAGCCAGACGUUAGAGAGCAAGCAGUAUGGGCACUUGGUAACAUUGCCGGUGACAGCCCUACCUGCAGGGACUUUGUCCUCGCGCAAGGUGCUCUGCGACCUUUACUCGCACUGCUCGGAGACAGCCGCAAGUUGAGCAUGCUUCGUAAUGCGACAUGGACCUUGAGCAACUUUUGCCGUGGCAAAACUCCACAGCCCGAUUGGCACACCAUUCAGCCUGCACUACCUGUGCUGUCAAAGCUGGUGUACUCGCUCGACGACGAGGUGCUCAUCGAUGCUUGCUGGGCUAUUUCAUAUCUGUCUGAUGGAGCCAACGAUAAAAUCCAGGCUGUUAUUGAAGCCGGUAUUCCCCGUCGUCUUGUAGAGCUGUUGAUGCAUGCUUCAACUUCUGUCCAGACCCCCGCUCUGCGCUCCGUCGGCAACAUUGUUACCGGAGAUGAUGUCCAAACACAAGUUAUUAUCAACUGCGGAUCUCUUCCUGCUCUACUUUCGCUUCUGAGUUCUACAAAGGAUGGCAUUCGUAAGGAGGCUUGCUGGACGAUUUCUAAUAUUACCGCUGGAAAUUCUACACAGAUUCAAGCUGUCAUCGAUGCUAAUAUCAUUCCUCCCCUCGUUCAUCUUCUCCAGAACGGCGAUUUCAAGACUCGCAAGGAAGCAUGUUGGGCCAUCUCCAACGCCACUUCUGGUGGCCUCCAUAAGCCAGAGCAAAUCCGCUACCUAGUUUCAAGUGGCUGCAUCAAACCACUUUGCGAUCUUCUAGCUUGCCCCGAUAACAAGAUCAUCCAAGUUGCACUCGAUGGCCUUGAGAAUAUCCUUAAGGUCGGUGAGAUGGAUAAGGACUCUGCGGAAGCCACUGCUGAAUCAAUCAAUCGUUAUGCUCUAUUUAUUGAAGAGGUUGGCGGUAUGGAGAAGAUCCAUGACUGCCAGAACAACGCAAACGAAGAAAUCUAUAUGAAGGCUUACAAUAUCAUCGAGAAGUACUUCUCUGAUGAGGAGGAUGCUGGUGGUGAUAUGAACGAGCUCGCCCCUCAACAAGGACAAGAUGGAUCUUUUGGCUUCGGCGCCCAGCAGCAAACUCAGCAGCUGAACUUUGCCAACGGUGGUGAGUCCAUGGACAUGUGAUGCGGCACAAAUGAAGGUCGAAGACAUCCCUUACAAUGGGGAUAUCAUUGGCAUAUUACGCGUACAUGUUGCCGUAUACAUACCUGUCUCAAGCGAAGUCGGGUCUGUCUUGGUACGUGUCUUUCAGAAGAGCUGAGAAGCCGUACACACCUUACCGCCGCCAUGCCCUCUUUCGCCUCAUAAUCCCCAAAUCUCGCAGCUUCACGAACGGACCAAAACGAGAGAAAUUCCUUGGACCAUUUUUGGUCAUGAGCAAUUACGAGCAUCGAAGAUUCACCAUCAUGUAUAUCCCCUUGAGCUUUUCACAACUCCAUCAUCAUAUCCCUGGACGACUUGGUAGUCUCUACCACACGGUGUUAAUUCGUUCGAAGCUCUGUAGCUAUGGUCAACAUGGAGGGCAUGUCGAUAGAAUAACGACAAAUGAAAUACCCUAUAUAAAACGCGUGCCCA